GAGCGUUCAUUGUUUUGGCGUUUCCCGAUCUACAUCUGUGGAGCCUCGCCGAUUAAAACAACCACGAACACCUGACUGUCGAUACAUUUCUGGUUUCGCCACCAUGACUCACUGGUUCCACCGAAACCCUCUGAAAGCAACGGCGCCCGUGUCCUUCAACCUGUAUGGAGUGGCAUCCAGCCCUGCUGCCAAUAAGAUAUGCAAUGACCUGAGGACGACACGGGCCAGGCUGCUGGACACGUUCACAGACACCACUUGCACUCCAGAGAUCAUGAAGAAAGCCAGUGAUGAAUAUUUCGCUCUCUUACAGGGUUUUAUUUUGCCGCUGGAUGGAACCACGCAAGAGAACAAGCUUCGCUUCAUCCAGAACUUCAAAUGGACUGACACUUUACAGGGAAAUAUCGCAAGUGCUCAGCAGGAUGCAGUUUUUGAGUUGGUGUCAAUGGCGUUUAAUGUGGCCAUCUGGUACACUAAGUUUGCGUCAAGACGGGCUGGAAAGGAGAACAUCACAGAGGACGAGGCCAAAGAUGUUCACAAGAGUUUGAAAAUCGCUGCUGGUAUAUUUAAGACCCUUAAGGAGACUCAUAUUCCUCGUCUGAUCACUCCAGCAGAGAAGGGUCGAGACCUGGAGCCCCGAGUCAUUGACGCAUACAUUAUUCAGAGUCAAGCAGAGGCACAGGAGGUGACCAUUGCCAGAGCCAUUGAACUGAAGCACAACGCCUCCCUCAUCGCAGCGCUGGCGUAUGAGACGGCAAACUUUUACCAGAAGGCCGAUCACACUCUAAACACAUUGGAUCCUGAAUGUAGCAGUAAAUGGAAGAAAUACCUGCAGCUCAAGCAGCACUUCUAUAUGGCUUAUGCACACUGCUAUCAUGGACAGACUCUUCUUGUGGGUGAUAAGUGUGGAGAGGCCAUCAGAUCCCUGCAAGAGGCUGAGAAAUGUUACUCACGUGCUGAAGCGUUGUGUAAGGAAUACCGUCAGAUGAAGGGUCCCGGCAGCACGGCCAAACCCUCCGAACAGCUGUUCUUUCUGAAACUGGGAGCGCUCGUCAAAAACACACUGGAGAAAUGCCAGAGAGAGAACGGCUUCAUUUACUUCCACAAGGUUCCUGCUGAAGCUCCAGUGCUGGAGUUGAAGGCCAGUUACGGUCUGGCAGAACCAACUCCCUUUGAACUCCCGGCUCUCAGCGCUCAGUGCACACCUGAAGUCUACGCGACCUUUGACCUCACUAGAGCUCCAAAAGAUGACAAGGCGAAAGCAAAGUCCGAUGAAGAGAUUAAACCAGUGAAGGAGCCCGAUCUGAAGCCGCAGAAAGACACGGGCUGUGUGCUCUCCUAAACCCCAGGAGAACCUCCAACAGACGUCCAGCAUGUGCAGGAGAUGUAGAUGAGACUCUGUUCUCUUUCCCUGUAAUCUAGUGGAAAUCUCCCCAAAUACAUAACAAUGUAACCUAGUGAUAUAACAGUGGUGUGAGUAAUCAAUCACUCAUCUGACGGACAAUUAACCAAGAAAAUAUGAAUAACGUUACUAUUUGAUUUGUAGUGAGAAUCAUAUUAUUGAAAAGGUUGGUUGGGUUUUAUUCUCAUACAUUAGCGAGUAAGUCGCACAAAUAAAUGGACACUUUAUGCCAAUGUUGGUCCAAUAAACUGAAGGUGAUUUGCAAAAGCAAGAAAGUCUUUAAGAGUGAAUCUCGCAAAGAAAUAUCCAUAUUUCACCCCAAAAUCAGAAGAGAAAAAUAAGAAAUUAUAUUUAAAAUGAACCAAAAGUUGCAUUGAAGAUUUUGCAUUGUGACGUUAUUUUCGUAACUCUUCAAAUAAAUCGUUAAAUGCAGAAUUGUAGUUUUAGAAACUGUAGAAUUAUUAAAUGAAUCAUUUAAUUACUAAAUAAAUAAAUAAAUGCACGUCACGUUAUAGCACUAGUUUGCGAGCACAAUUAUCUUAUCUUGUUAUUUGUGAUUUAAUUGUAUUAAUUUAACAGUAACAGUAAUAAAAAUCCUUUCUGGGCUCAAUUUUUAUUCAUUUUUAUAAAGAUCAAAUAUUUAUGAAAAAAAUAUUAUUAUAAAAAUAAAUUCAGCACAAUAAAUAUUAACGUGUUCAUACUUAAAAUUGUGCAUUUAUGUGCAUUUUAAAUAAUAUAUCAUAGUUUUAUUUUUUCUCACGUUACAAUAAUGACAAGUGGGAGAUAAAACGCAGUUAAUUGUUUGGAAAAUAAUGUCACAAUUCAAAUUAAUCUUAUCGGAUUUAAAACUGGCUUCAAUUUCUUCAUGCAAAAUAAAUCUGCAAAC